AUGGAGUUAAACGAUCGAGUCUGUAGAAUGUGUUUAACAGCUUGGAACAACUUAUGCUCACUAUUUGAUUCGAGUAAAAAUCUAGACCUUUUAGCCAUUAUACGAAACACUGUAAGACUGGAGAUUGCGGAAGAUGAUGAAUUUUCAAAAAUGAUUUGCAAACAGUGCAUUUCGAGGUUGAAAACUAUCGAUGCGCAUGUAAAGUUGUUUCAGGAAUCGGAUCGUAAGCUUCGUUGCGCAAUUGAUGGGCGUCCAAAGCGAGCGGCGAAAACUUCGGUUUCUCAAGACUCGGAAGUUGAAUCUGCUGAAACGCAACAUUCGGUCGAUGCCAUGCACGAACCGAAGCUUGCCAAUGAUGACGCCAAGGCCAUGGACAAUAAAUCCACAAAACAAAUAGAAAACGCAGAUAUCAAUUCUAGUCGUAGAUCGGUUCGCAUUCGUACCCGGUUUGAACAUUCGGAAAAGCAUCAUGAAACGGAAAUGGAUAAUCGAGCAUCAACGAGAGUAGAAAUGAAUUGCCACAAUGAAUGCACGGAUAGCAGUACCGAGGCUGACCACCUAUUUACCUCAAGUCUGUCCCAAAAGUUAGAAACGAACCCAAUACAGCAGAAGCGAACAAUACACCAUAAUCGUCAAUCGAAACGAACAGCACAAAACAAAGCUGACCUUGGUGUACCGAUGCUGCACGAUUUCAAGUGUUACAUUUGUAGCAGUGAACCGUUAGGCUCUCGGAAAGCUUUGAUAGAACAUUUAGCAACCCACGUGGAUAAGGUUCCGUUCACCUGCAAGCAAUGCGUAAUGGAAACGAUCACUCUAACGCGUGUGCGUACUUUAAACACGCAUAUGAAGAUGCACGAACAACCAAUCAAGUGCGAUUACUGCGAUCGUCGCUAUAGUAACGCGGCGGGUAAAUAUUAUCACACGCACACGUACCAUUUAGCAGGCGGUGCUCCGUGUACCGUGAAUUGCAAGAUAUGCGGCAAGCAGUACGGUUCGCAGGCCGCACUCAAACAGCACAUGAAAUAUCACACCACUACGUUGAAAUGCAGCAAGUGUGACAUGGUAUUUAAUCACCCGAACAAGCUUCGUAACCACGAGCAUACGCACAAUGAGAACCGGGGCUACGAAUGUGUCGUUUGCAAGAAGGUACUGCAAACAAUCGAAUCGUACGACGUGCAUCUGAAGAAGCAUUCUCAGGAACGUAGCUACCAGUGUACACUCUGUCCGAAGAAGUUUAACACGUCCUUCAACCUAAUUCUUCAUCUCAAGGUGCAUGCGAAAAAUUACAAUUACCGGCCAGCCAAAUCAUGGGUAGAACACUACACGAUACUGAGUCGCGAUCCGCUGCAGUACAAGUGCAAUCACUGUGAGCGUUACAGCACCGGUAAGGUGAACAACAUGAUCUCGCAUCUGCAGGCCCACUUCAAGGAGUACGAGUGCGAUCAAUGUAAACGAUUGUUUGCAACGGCAAAACAGCUGCGAGCGCACUACACCACGCACACGGGCGAAAAGUCGGAAAUGUGUCAGCACUGUGGCAAAUGUUUUUCCACCAAGAACAAUCUGCGCAUCCAUUUAAAGUGCCACGAGCGUGAAAGUAACGGCACUGCUGAAAGCAGUGAACAGGCACGUGGGACGACACAAGACUGUCCUCCCGAACCGUGCAUAGAGAUCGAAGCAGUAUCGAACAGUACCAGUAUUAUCCAACACUUGGAUUAA